AUGGAAUACAUGCUGCUCCUCAGCUGGUCUGGUAUGCGAACGGAGGAACAUGCCACCCUUGAAACAUGUCAGCUCCUUGAACAGGAUAUAUGGAAACUUCAGGACAAAUUUCAAGAACACGGAGUUAUUCAGAGAGAUGCAGCCUUCCGCAAUGUGCUGUGGAAUCCCAUGUCACAAUCCUUUGUGAUGAUUGACUUGGAAGAUUUGAAGCAUGUGAAUGGCGUUUCAGAGGGCUCCGAGGGGCAUGGAAGCCAGCAGACCCGGUCCAGUGGCUACCUUGAAGAUGAUGACAGGUAA